UCAACCUGAUUCCUCAGGGAAUAAGGUGUCUCAACAGUCUUGCAGCUCUAUUCUCAGGAACAUGGCAAAUUAGCCAGAACAGUCAACCGUAGAAUUUUAGUUUUUUUUGCAGUCAUUAUGGAUGAAAAGCGGUUAGUUUUAUUUCCGCAUCGGAAUACUGUCAUACCAAAGGUGUGAGGACUUUAUUAAAAGUUUUAUGUGUAGCUGGAGUCGAGGACCUCAGGUCUGCGGGUCCAUGUUGAGGCAGUGAGAAUGUCUUUCACAGACACAGCCAUAAUUCUCACUGUCAUAGCAGUCCUAGGAACACUAACCAGAUGUCAUGGGAGCCUGGUAAAGGACAGCUCUUUGCUGAGGUUCACCCAUCAUUUGUAUAAUGCCAGCAUUUAUGAGAACUCUGCCCCUAAGACCUACGUGGAGAGUUCAGUCCGGAUGGGCAUAUUACUGACUGAUCCCUUCUGGAACAUCAAGUACAAGAUUGUCUCUGGUGAUGAUGAUGGCCUUUUCCAGACCGAGAAAGAAGAUGUAGGAGAUUUCUCCUUUCUGAGAAUCAUAACCCGAAGCAGUAACUCAGCUGUGCUCAACCGAGAGGUCAGAGACAUUUACACCCUCACUGUUGAGGCUACAGAAAGCACUUUUGACAACCGAGCUAGAACAAAGGUAUUGAUCCAAGUGCUUGACACAAAUGAUCUGAAACCGCUCUUCUACCCUGCCUCUUAUCAUGUGGUAAUUAAGGAGGACACACCAAUCAAGUCGAGCCUGGUGAGAGUGAGUGCAACGGAUGCUGAUAUUGGCAGCAAUGCUGAAUUUUAUUACUCAUUCACCACUAGAUCACACCCGUUUGCUGUUGAUCCUUUCACGGGGACUGUUACACUUGUCAAGAGACUUGACACCAGUCAGAGAGAUAGGUAUGACCUGACAGUGCUGGCAGAGGACAGGAAAAAGAAAAUCUCUGGUGUGCAGAAAUUUGGAAAUGUAGCAACGGUUGUUGUGAAGAUCCAAAAAGUAGAAAAGAAUUUCACCCUUAUUUCACCAACCACUGCAGAGAGUCUGCUAACGAUCGAUGACAAAAUAAGUGUAAACAUCAAGAUGGAACCUAAAGAGAAGGAAAACACAGCAUCUUUAAGUAUAGUUAAAGGAGAUCCAUUGAAUUGCUUUCAGAUUAUUCCCUCAGCCUUUUAUGAUGGUGGCUUUCAGCUGGUCUCAACAAAAUUUAUUGACUGGUCACAGAACCCAUUAGGACUAAACAUUUCUCUUCAGGCCAAAGACAGAAGCAACCCUCCUUUGCUAACUCCAAUAAAAACUGUGCACAUUCCACCUCCUCUUCAAAUAAAACCCUUGAGGUUUGAACAAGAACUUUACUAUGUAACUCUCAGUGAAUUUUCUCCACCAAAAACUCAUGUGGUUAGAGUUUCUGUUGGGUUGAGUUUAAAAAACACGACAUUCAGCAUUCAAGAAAACCCAGAUAGCUAUAAGUUCAAAAUCAGUGCCAAAACUGGUGUAAUUGUGACUUCUCAGUCUCUUGACUUUGAAAACCGAAAUCAUUAUGAGUUUGAUGUCACAGCAAAUGAUGGGGAAGCAGUUACUCGUGUCAUUGUGGAUAUAACUGAUGAAAAUGAUAAUGCCCCUAGUUUCACUUUACCCUCAUACCAGGCUUCUCUGCCUGAAAAUGUGCGAAUCGGAACAAGUGUCUUAUCUGUCUCUGCUAUUGAUGUGGACAAAGAUAACAAUGGUUUUGUGACCUACGCUAUAGCAAACACAGGUCCUGUUCCUUUCAGCAUAGACCCACUGACCGGCGUUAUUUCUACCUCUCAGGAGUUUGAUUAUGAGCUCAUGAAAAGAUGGUACCAUCUACGAAUCUGGGCCUCUGAUAGUGGCAACCCUUUUAACAGGGUGAGUGAAUGCACUGUAACUAUCACCAUGACCAACGUCAACGACAAUGUUCCAGUGUUUGAGCGGGUAGCGUGCAAUGCCUCCAUACCCCGAGACUUUGCUGUGGGGGAAAUUAUUGCAGAAAUAUCAGCACUUGAUUUGGAUGAGCUGCAGCAGAUCGUAUACAGGAUAGAGUCUGGAAAUGAUGAUGGACUGUUUUCAAUUGACCCUGUUUCUGGCAUCAUCAAACUGGCUAAGGCCAUUCCAUCAAACUACAAAGACACAGAAAAUUCUUUAUAUACACUUAAAAUAACAGCAACAGAUGGCACAUAUAUUGCAGACCCCAACACUGUGACUGUGAGCAUCACAGACAAUGGCGAAGGUGCCAUCACACAUUGCGAGGAGACCGGAAUUACUAGGCAGUUGACAGAAAAGCUUAUUGAGUCCUUUAGGCCAUCUCUUAACAUAAAAGAAGAGGAGUCCAUCUCAGAUGUUCAUAUAAUUAACCAGCACUCACCGAAAUUUGUCAUUAGCACGCCAGGCUCAAUUGACAUCAGGGAAGACUUUGCUCUCAAUAGAUCUGUGUUGCAGUUUAAUGCCACUGAUAAUGACUCUGGAUUUAACGGAAAGCUUGUCUAUUCAAUUUCAAGUGGAAAUGAGGACGGAUGCUUUACUAUCGAUGUGAACGCAGGGGAUCUGAAGGUUAUUUGCGCUUUGGACAGAGAGCAGAAAGAGUUUUACAUUCUCAACAUAACAGUCUAUGACUUGGGAUAUCCGCAAACCUCUACAUGGAAACUUCUUGCUGUUAAUAUUCUUGAUGCAAAUGAUAAUCCUCCAUUAUUUUCUCAGUCAAGAUAUGUUGUAACCAUCCCAGAAAACACAGAGGUUGACAAAAGCAUCUUCAAAGUCAAUGCAGUCGACUUCGACUUGGAUAACAAUGGAGCAUUUAAAUAUUCGCUGUUUACCUUCACAGAUUUGUUUCAGAUAGAGGAAGACACAGGGGUGGUGAAGGUAAUCGGGCCUUUGGAUAGGGAAACCUUCAGGAGAUAUGACCUAACAAUUGAGGCCAGAGAUCAGGCCAAACCGGAUCCACAACUUUUCUCAUUUACAGAUGUGGUUGUUGUUCUGGAGGACAUCAAUGACAAUCCUCCAAAGUUUGUACCCACAGUCUACAAGAUCAAAGUUCCUGAGGAUGUUCCUCCAGGCACAGUGCUGCUAUGGGUUGAAAGUUUUGAUUUAGAUCUGGAGAGCGGCGGUGUCAUAAGCUACAACCUGAAAAACAGCGAAUCAGGAACGUUUUUUCUUGAUACAUCCACAGGUUCUUUGACUUUGGAGCGGGAAUUAGACUUCGAAAAGCGGCAGUUUUAUAAUUUAACAGUUCGAGCUGUUGACCAUGGAAAGCCCCGGUCUUUAUCAUCUUCGUGUUUUAUUGAGAUUGAAGUAUUAGAUGUCAAUGAAAACCUGAACCGGCCUCUCUUUGGUGAAAUGGUGCAUACAGCAGCCGUUAUGGAGGAUGCUAAAAUAGGAACCUCAGUCUUAACACUAACUGCUGUAGAUAACGACCUGGGACGAGAUGGAGUUGUCAGAUACUACAUCCAUGAUGGCUCAGGGCUCGGCGUCUUCACGGUUGAUGAAGAAACAGGUGUUAUUCAGACUGCAGGCCUUCUGGAUCGCGAGGUUGUGCCACACUAUUGGCUGACAGUUUAUGCAAAAGAUCUGGGCACUAUACCAUUGGUAUCCUGGACUGAGGUCUACAUUGAAGUUUGGGAUAUUAAUGACAAUCCCCCUGAGCUGUCCCAGCCUGUCUACUUUGGCUCAGUGCAAGAGAAUUUGCCAAAAGAUAAAUCUGUGCUGAAAGUUUCUGCCACAGACAUGGACAAGUCCUCUGAAGGGAAGCUUGCUUUCCAGAUCCUUGAUUCUCAGCGCAUAUAUUUCACCAUCGAUUCAAAAACAGGUGUGAUCAGCACUCUCUCCUCUCUGGACCGGGAACAAAAAGCCGAGCAUAUCAUUGAGGUCAUGGUGUCAGAUAAAGGGGAACCUCCUUUGAGCUCCACUGCCACCGUGGUCAUUGAAGUCCUGGACGAGAAUGAUAACAGCCCUCAGUUCAGUCACAAGCUUUUCCAAAUAAAACUCCCUGAACGGCAGAGCACGGCUGAGCCUCAGGACAUCUACAGGAUGGUGGCCCGUGAUGAUGAUGUGGGGCCCAAUGGCAUGAUCACGUACAGUCUAGAAGACAACAAUGAAGGCCGGUUUGAUAUCCAUCCAGACACUGGGGUGGUGACAGCGAGAGGACAGUUUGUUCGGGGGAACUACAGUAUUCUGACGAUUCAAGCAACAGACCAAGGGAAUCCUCCCCGAAUGUCCAAAUCACGUCUGCAUGUUGAAUGGCUGCCUCAGCCUGAGCCCAGCUCGGACGUCCUGGCAUUUGAUGAGCCCCCCUUCAACUAUGUGGUGAUGGAGACAGAUCCUGUCACUGACAUGGUGGGAAUAAUCCGUACAGAGAUCCCGAAAAACCUACUCUUGUUUGACAUUAUAGGUGGUGAUGAAGAGCAGGACUUCUACAUUGAAAAGAACACCGGCAGCAUUGUGAAAGCUAGACGUCUGAAUGCAGGCAAAAAAUCUCAUUACAACUUAACAGUCAGAGUCACAGAUGGAUUUCAGACUAUAACCACUCAGGCCUACAUUCAAGUAGUGGAUAUAAAUGAGCAUCGGCCCAUGUUCCUGAAGAGUCUCUAUGAGGUCAGAGUGCCAGAGGACACAUCCCCGUGGAAGGAGAUCCUUCACAUCAGUGCCCAUGAUGCAGAUGCUAGUAGUGGACUCUUUUACAGCAUCCACAGCAGCCUCAAUCCGGAAAGCCUCAAGUACUUUCACCUGGACCAAAGGAGUGGCGUGCUUGUCUUAAAAGAGGAGCUUGACUACGAGACCAUCUCCACUCAUACUCUGAUUGUGAUGGUACGAGAUGAUAAGAUCCCAAUAAAAAAGAACUUUGCGAAGGUUGUCGUUCAUGUGGAGGACUGCAAUGACCACAUCCCAUCGUUUCUGGAUACUCAUUAUGAGGGCAUCAUAAGUAAUCUAGCACUUACAGGCACUGAAGUGCUAAGAGUUAAAGCCCUGGAUAAGGAUACAGGGAGCAAUGCAGAUAUUGUUUAUUCGUUUCACUCCGGUGGGAAUGUGGAUGGUGCUUUUAAAAUCGACCAAGGGACAGGAAGCAUUCGUGUAUCUGAUGCAUUAGACAGACUUCCGCAAGAGCACUAUCACCUCACCGUAAAAGCCACUGAUCAGGGCUUUCCCCAGCGUAGUGCCCUUUGCCCUGUUACGAUCACUAUAAAGCUGUCUGAAUUCACACCACCCAGGUUCUCCUCCAAAGAAUACAUCACUGAGAUAAGUGAGGCCAUGCCUCCAGGAUCCCCUGUGCUAUCUGUCUCUGCCAGAUGCCCAUCCUCAGUGCUGUACAGAAUCAAUGAAGGCGACCCCAAUGGGACAUUCCACAUCAACAUCAACUCCGGACUGCUGUCAGUCAAAAAUGCACUCGAUUUUGAGCAGCACAGCAGCUACCAUUUGCAAAUAAGUGCUACAAAUACGGCAGGAAUCUCAUCUGAUGCUGUAGUGUUUGUUUAUGUGAUAGAUGCCAAUGACAAUGCUCCUGUUUUCCAUCAGGAUGUAUACUAUGGGCAGAUUAGUGAGUCUGCUCCUGUAAACAGCAUGGUGACUGGGGAGAACAACACGCCUUUAGUUAUCAAGGCAUCAGAUGCGGACAAAGACACAAAUGCUCUUCUGGUCUACCAAAUUCUUGAGCCUGCAGCUCAUGAAGUGUUUAAAAUAGAUCCGAGCAUGGGAACCAUCUCCUUAAAAUCUUUGAUUGACUUUGAGGCAACACCUGAAUUUUUCUUCAGUGUUCAGGUGUGGGAUUCUGGUGAGCCAUCACUGAGUGCUUCCAAGCCUUGCAAAGUAAUCAUUCGUGUUUUGGACUUUAAUGAUUGUCCUCCCAAAUUUGUUUUACCUGUAUAUGAAAUUGCCCUCACUUGGCCAGUUUUCCAAGACAUGAAAGUAAUCCAGGUGACAGCUCAUGAUGCCGAUUCAGCAGUGACCUACAUGAUUUUGGAGAAUAGUAACAAAAAUGCAUUUAAAAUAGAUCAGUCAACUGGAGUAAUUUCAGUAAAUGAUUCGUCUGAAUUACAGUCUCAUAACGAGCUAAAGAUCACUGCAUUCGAUGGGUUAUAUAAAGACACUACCGUAGUGAAAUUGAAUAUCACCAAUGCAACAAAAUCUAGUCUGAAAUUUGAAGACAGAGCACAUGUAGCAACUGUUCUGGAGAACUCUACCUCUGUGAAAAUUUUAGUUGUCCUUAGAGCAACAGGUACUUACCUGAAUGAGCCCUUGCAGUUCACUGUCUUGAACCCACAUGGGAAAUUUGCAGUGAUUCCAUCAUCUGGAGUCCUUCACACCACUGGUGUUCCGUUUGACCGUGAAGAGCAGGAUGUGUAUGAUGUCGCUGUGGAGGUCCGAGACUUUAGGAGUCCACCACGUGUGGAUGUCACUCAUGUUAAGGUCUAUAUAGAUGAUGUAAACGACAAUGUACCAGAAAUAUUGAAUUUGCCCAAAACACUGUUGAUAUCUGAUGAAACCGAACCAGGGGACGUACUCUUUCAAGUGCUAGCAACCGACAAUGAUUUUGGUGAGAAUGGAUCUAUAAUUUUUUCCCUAGAAGAUGAUUUCGGCCUCUUCAGAAUCGACCUUUAUCUUGGAGAUGUAUCACUACAAAGACCCUUAGACUUUGAGUCUAUGAAUAAAUAUGUUCUCACUGUACUGGUAUCAGAUGAUGGUCAGCCGAGUCUGUCAGCCAUUGGAACAAUAUAUAUCCAAGUGCAAAAUCGUUCUCAUCCAAUAUUUCAAAGCAUGUACUACCCGUUGAAAUUACCUGAGAAUAUUACUCCUUUUACAACAAUCCUGCAUGUGCAGGCAAGAAAUCCAGAAGGAUACCGCCUUAUCUACAAUCUAGAGGAAGACAACGCCUCCAGGUUAUUUAACAUCGAUUUCAAAACUGGGGUCUUAAGUGUCACUGAUUUCCUAGACUUUGAGAGUGAAACAAAGCAUAUUUUGACUGUUCGUGCCACUGAUUCCGUGUCUGGUACAUUUGCUGAAGCCAAAGUAGAGAUUGACGUGGAAGAUAUAAACGACAAUGCCCCAGUCUUCCAGAAUCUUUCUUAUGUUGCAGAUGUGUUUGAGGGCCUUCCAAUAGGCACAUCUGUUUUACAAGUCUCAGCUGUUGACAGAGAUGCAGACAAGAAUGCAGAGGCAACUUACCAACUGAUUGACAAAGAGAGUCAUUUUUUCGAAAUUGACCCUCUAAGUGGAGUUUUGGUGACUACACAAGUAUUGGACUAUGAAAGUACACAGCAGUUUACUUUAAAAGUGAAAGCCACAGAUAAAGGGGUACCACCGCUGAGUGGUGAGGCUCACAUUAUUGUGAACGUCAUAGAUGUUAAUGACAACCCUCCAGAUUUUAGCGAGCCAUCUUAUCGGGCAUCUCUUGAUGAAAUGGCCACUUGUGGCAACAUCGUUAUCAAAGUUCAAGCAUCAGACCCCGAUAGUAAGGAUGACCUUCAAUAUAAGAUUCUGUCAGGCAAUGAAGGCCGAUAUUUCGCUAUUAAUGAAUCAUCUGGACUCAUCUCAUUCUCUAAUGUGUGCAAGAGAAACUUGGAUCCAUUUUAUAACCUCACAGUUGCAGUUUCAGACGGUGUGUUUCAGAAGACUGCCCCCGUUAACAUUGACAUGACAAAUGGCAACAAAUACAGCCCCUAUUUUACCCAGAACAUUUACGAGGCAGAUCUGGCAGAGAAUGCAGAAGUGGGAACUCGUGUGAUCAGACUGGCUGCUAUUGACCCAGACGAUGGGCCAUACGGCAGUGUCGACUACACCAUCAUUAACAAGCUUGCCGAUGAGAAGUUUGCCAUCAAUGAAGACGGACAAAUUGUGACUUCUCAACCUUUAGACAGAGAAAAUCCAUCACAGAGAGUAAUUGCUAUUAAGAUCAUGGCUAAGGAUGGAGGAGGAAGAGUGGGGUUUUGCACAGUGAAGAUUAUUCUAACAGAUGAGAAUGAUAAUGUUCCUCAGUUUAAAGCCUCUGAGUAUGAUAUUUCCAUUCAAUCUACAGUGAACAAAGGCUCACCAGUGAUACAAAUAAUGGCUUAUGAUGCAGAUGAAGGUAAAAAUGCUGAUGUCACUUAUACAGUAGAAGAAGCAGACGAGGUUACAGAAGACAUUAUCGAGGUCAACCCCUUUACUGGAGUAGUCAGUGUCAAAGAGAGUCUGGUUGGUUUGGAGAAUAAAAUUUUCAACUUCAAAGUCAAGGCACGAGAUGGAGGCUUUCCUUUUUACAACUCCUCUGUGCCAGUGCAAGUCAAGGUGGUCCCACCGGAGAUCAUACUGCCCCGGUUUACAGAGCCAUUGUACUCAUUCUCAGCAUCUGAGGACCUCCCAAUAGGAUAUGAAAUAGGCACGGUCAAAGCAGACGCUGACAUGCCACUGAUCUACAGCUUGGUCAAUGGGAACACUUUAGACAGUAACAAAGAACUUUCUUUUGCUAUUGACAAAGAUGGCGGCACAGUUGUUUUGCAGAACAAUAUCGACCAUGAAAAAACCAAGAUGUACAAGAUUGAUGUAAUCGCUCAAGGGAAUCACAAUGGCACCAAUGUAGCAUCUCUUGUGUCUGUUCACAUAGAGGUUCAAGAUGUUAAUGACAAUAAGCCUAUGUUUGAAGCUGACACAUAUAAGGCCUUCCUGGCUGAGAAUUUGCCCUCUGGUACUACAGUCAUUCAAGUUACUGCAAAUGAUGCAGAUGCAAACAUCAAUGGAGAAGUUUCAUAUACACUUGAGCCGGAGUCAGAUGACAUUGGUGAUAUGUUUGCCAUUGAUUCGCAAACUGGCUGGAUUACCACCCUAAAGGAGGCUGAUUCAGAGACCAAACAGCUUCACAGAUUUUUCGUGGUGGCCACUGAUCAUGGUGACGCACUCAAACAGUCGGCUUCGGUUCUAGUCGAGGUGACUCUUACAGAUGAAAAUGACAACCCACCACAGUUUACAGAAGAGCUUUACCAAGGGUCCAUCCUAGAAAACAGCAGGCCUGGAGAGAACAUUGUCACUCUGACAACUGCUGAUAAAGACGUGUCUGCAGAAAAUAGACAGAUUGUAUGUUACAUAACAGAUGGAGACCCGCUGGGCCAGUUUUCAGUCACAGCGGUAGGGGAGGAGUGGACGGUGAUUUCCAAAAGUCCACUUGACAGAGAGGACAAAGACAAAUACACUCUAAAAAUAAUAGCCACGGAUGGAAGGUUUCAAACCUCUGCCAAUGUGGAGGUCCAUGUUCUUGACCUCAAUGACAACAGUCCUUUCUGUGAGCAAUUGCAGUACACUGAAGCAGUCAUGGAGAAUUCUUCAUCAGGCAAGGUUAUCCUGAAGAUCUCUGCUUCAGAUCCGGACAUUGGAACAAAUGGUCAGGUGUCAUUCACUCUUCAUGGACCUAAUGCAGACAAGUUCCAUCUUGACCCCAAAACAGGAGAGCUAUUCACCCUCGCUGUGCUGGACCGGGAGCGAGAAAAAGAGUAUGACCUAGUUGUUAAAGCGACUGAUGGCGGUGGCCGCUCUUGCCAGGCAGACGUCACACUUAUGGUGCAAGAUAUGAAUGACAACCCGCCACAGUUUUCCACAAGCCAUUAUGAAGUCACAGUGUUUGACAACACAACCAUUAGGACGCCUAUUGCUGUCAUCUAUGCCAAAGACCCAGACACAGGUAUAAACUCAGAGGUGCGGUACUCUCUUCAAGGUGCCGACAGUGGCUUCUUCUCUCUAGAUGAAAUCUCCGGCGUUCUAAGAUUGGAGCGAUCUCUAGCUGAUGAGACCAAGUCCACUUAUGAGAUGAAAGUAAAAGCCACUGACCGAGGCCUCCCUCGCCAUCUCUUCUCCUUCGCCAUGAUUACAGUACAUGUGGUGAUUCUGAGUGAUUACCAGCCAUUGUUCCUCAGCUCCGAGUAUUCAGUACAGAUAGCAGAAUCAUCCCAGGUCGGCUCAGAGGUGAUCAGUGUGUCUGCCCUCACCAAAGACGCCACUGAAAACGAGCCUGUGAGAUAUUCCAUCAUAUCUGGCAACGAAGAUGGCAGAUUCAUGAUAAACCCUGUGACUGGUUUGCUGUCGGUGAAGGCUGCGCUGGAUUUUGAGCGCUGUCGCGAGUAUUACCUGUCAGUGGAAGGGGCAAGGGGCAAACCACUGCUCAGUGACAUCGCCAUGGUUAUCAUCAAUAUCACAGACGUCAACGACAACCCUCCUGUCUUCAACCGCAGCAGCUACAGCACAGUGAUACCAGAGGACAUUUCACCUGGAGAAAUGGCUCUGCAGGUAAGAGCCAUCGACCUUGAUGGGCCUCCAAAUAACUUCAUCAUCUACUCUAUUGUGAGCGGUGAUCCAAAGCAGCAGUUCAGCAUCGACCCUCGCACAGGCUUUAUAACACUGCGCUCCAUGCUGGACCGAGAAGAGAUAACGCACUACUCAUUAACUGUGCAAGCUGCUGAUGAAGGCGAUCCUCCUUUAUCCUCCGCCGUCCAGGUGACCGUGACUGUAUCUGACGUCAACGACAACCCACCCAUGUUUUCCAAGAUUAAUCACAGCCUCAUUGUCCAGGAAGGGGAGGCUGUGGGCAGUGGGAUUUUGCAGCUGCUGGUAACAGACAGAGAUACGCCUCAGAACGGCCCUCCCUUCUCCUUCCAUAUUGUCUCUGGAAACGAGGACAGGAGUUUUCACAUUGACCAAGGAGGACUGCUGUCCGUAUCCUCCCAGCUGAGGAGGAGAGGCAAGCCGCAGCAUCUGCUAAAAAUCCAGGUCACUGACAGCGGCCACCCUCCACUGUCCUCUAUCUGCGUGGUGAAGAUCAACAUCACAGAGCAGAGCCGGUAUCCACCUACUGUGAAUCCGCUUGAGAUUUUCAUCACCACUGCUGGUGGUCCAAUCUUGAAGAGUGUCAUCAGCAAGCUGCACGCUACUGACCAAGAUCCCCAAGAUGUACUGUCCUACAAGCUGGUCUCCGAGGGCCAGGACAAAGGCCUGUUUUCUGUGGACACAGUUGAUGGAAAGAUUGUAGUGGAGAAGAACCUGGAUCCAGGCCUGUAUCACUUGAACGUGAGCGUGACCGACGGGAAAUUUAGCAUCUGGGCUGGAGUGAAGGUCCAUGUUUGGGCUGCCACUCAGCAAAACCUGGAUCAGGGCUUCACACUGCAGUUGGCUGGAAUUUCUGCAGAAGAAUUCGUCUCUGACCACUGGAGAGGCCUCCAACGCAGCCUGGCUCAGGAGUUAAACAUACCCCGACAAGAGUUGCACAUCGCCAGCUUGCAACAGCAGCCAAACUCUGUCAACACUGAGGUUUUGCUGGUCCGGCGUGCUCAGGAUGGUUCCGUUAAGUCUGUGCCUGUUCAACGUCUGACUGGGGUUCUGUCCACUGUAGAAGAUACGCUGGGUUUGAAUGUCUUAAGGCUAAAGCAUGAUGGGUGUGUGGGUGCUGGUUGCCCACCCAGAGGUUGUAAGAACACAGUGGUGAUGAGGCAGGGGAGGAUGAGUAACUACGCCACAGCACGGAUGAACUUCAUAACCCCGCAGCACAGCUGGGAAAGCAUGUGCACCUGCAAUGAAUCGGCUGUGAGAUUUGACGGUAAGGGUUAUCUAAAAUACCUCUAUCACAUGGAGGAGGCCAAAGAGAACUUCCAUCUGUCUCUUCGACUGAAGACGUCAGCAGCAGAUGGCACAGUGAUGGCCACCAAUGCCUCAGACUGGGGAACAUUAGAGCUGGUGGACAAGGAGCUGUGGCUCAGAUAUAGAUGUGGCAACAUGCUCUCUGCCGGGCUGCAGGUGGCCAACUACCCCGUGGCUGAUGGCCGCUGGCAUCAUGUCUCUCUGGAUGUCAAUGACACAACCCUUAGACUCACCAUUGAUUCCAGUCACACCAAUUCAGUGGUCCUGCCACAGCCCUGCAGACUCAGUCACCCCGGCGGGGCCUUGGUGCUGGCCAGCUCUAAUCCCAACACAGAUGCAGAGCGCCUGGGCUUCACGGGCUGUUUGGAGAGCGUACACUUCAAUGGAGAGGCGCUGAGACGACAGGAGGGGAUGACAGGAGCUGGAGCGCAGGCUGGCAAACUCUUCGGGAUCUACCAGUGCUGCUCUGAUGUGGAGAUCUGUGCCAGUAAUCCUUGUGAAAAUGGAGGCAUUUGUGCUGAGAAUUCCACUGGAGGGUUUCACUGCAGCUGUCCGUCAAUGUACUAUGGACCUCACUGUCAGUUUAUCCACCUGCCGGACGAUCCUUGCUCAUCCAAGCCAUGUGUCGAUGGUUUAUGUAUGCCAAAUAAUCAAGGGUACAUCUGCAACUGCUCCACACAAAUAGCUGGAAACAGGUGUCCGACUUCAUGUGCUCCAAAUUCAUGUCAGGAUGGUUUCACCUGUUCAAUGGUAGCCAACUCAGUCCACUGUGAGCGCACCACCUACCGCUCCACCUAUAUUCCUUAUGUGGAAAUUGCUGAAAUCUGCGCUGGUGUUGUUGGACUUGUCCUCCUCGUCAUAGCCUUUGUGUGUUUCCGAAAACACUAUGUCAGCAAAAAGAAGCACAAAUCUGGCUGUGUGCAGGACUCCAAUGGUUACUUCCCAACUUUACCCAAGACCAUGACGAAAGAAGCAGAGAUCAGCUCUCCAAUGGACGGCAUGCUAAUCGGCUCUGUUGGUGAUCUGGAAAGCAGUCCUUUCCGUUCACUCAAACUUCGGGAACAGCGCGAGCUCGGCCCUCAGGUGGGCCCUCGCCCUCAGAGGCCUCAGGGUCCUGUUAUCUGCAGCGUGGCCCCAAAUCUUCCUCCUCCACCCUCCACCAGCUCUGACAAUGACUCCAUUAUGAAAAACAACUGGGAGCACGAUUACGAAGUGUAUCCAGCUGACCCUGACUACUAUGGUCGACCCGCCGUUCAGGAGUUCCCUCAAUUUGACAUUGUGGAAAGCACCUACUCCAAUACUUCCACCGAGUCGCGCAGAAACUCUCGCUUCGGAGGUUUUCCUUUCCCGUUGGACCGCGCCGACCGCCGAGCUCCAUUACCCCCAUGUUACAGCAAUCAAAAUCUCGAUGACUUCUUAGGGCCUGACGGACUGCCGCUGCCUCGCUCUCAGUGCCCUAAUGAGUACACUGCCAUAAGCUACUACCCUACCCAGCACGCUCGAAGCCUGGACAACGUCUCCAGCGGCUAUAAGAGACUCAGUGUGCGUCUGAGCGUAGCACAGCCUUCCUAUGCGGACAGCACACGGCCUGGAUCCACUAGAAGGACGUCUCGCAGUUAUGCUGGCUCAGAUAGGGUGGAGAGCGACUACGGCAGCUGCGAGGAGGUCAUGUUUUAGCCAGACGAAAGAGGAUCAAAGGUCCCAUAUGAGAGGGGUUACGGAGGGGAAGGUCAUCGUACUUAUAGUAUAUGAAGCUCAAUGGCUGAAAGCCGCAGAAGCACUAUCAGUAUUAUUAGUCACUUUCAGGGAAAAAGUAUAUAUGGCUGUGUGGAAUGCAAGUUUCCUUGCUGUUUCUUCCUUUUAUGCGCCUGUAGAAUUAAUGCAUGGCGGUAAAACAGUCUACAGUGUGGUAGUAAAUGAUGUUGUUGCUGUGUAGAGAUCAUGCGCCCUUGUUUGGUGUUGCGAGGUAACAUUUUUGACAAGAAAAAACAACUGAAUAAGGAAAAUCUUACAUAAGGAUGAGUAAAGGGUUUGUUUAUCACGAAAAAAAAUAAGAUUUUGUUGUCAUUUAGUCACUUGCAGCAUGUUUUAAAUCAUUAAUGCCUUUGUUCAUUUAUCUGGAACACUUUUUUAUCUAUAAAAACAGAUAAUUCUAUUUAAGGUAACCAGAUGCAAUCCCCCCCAACCCCCCCUCAGUGGCUGUUCUGUAUUUUGAAUGUGGUUUAUUUCUUUUUUUGAGAGGAUCACAUGCUUAUGAUUGAUCAUGGUUGGUCCUGAGUUAGCUUCACAUAUUGCACCAAUCAGAUGAAUACUAUCUCACUAUAAAUACCCAGAGUUUUUUUUUAAUUACAGUCAUCUUUGUCUUGAAGAAUCCCCCCUUCCACCCCUACUCCUCCCGUUUCCUGAUUACCCUAAUUAAUUAUUCUAAUUAACCAAGUUAAGCCUUUAAAUGUCACUUUAAGCUGUAUAGAAGUGUCUUGAAAAACAUCUAUUCAAAUAUUAUGUACUGUCAUCAUGGCAAAGAUAAAAUAAAUCAGUUAUUAGAAAUGAGUUAUUAAAACUAUUAUGAUUAGAAAUGUGUUGAAAAAAAAAUCUUCUCUCCGUUAAACAGAAAUUGGGGGAAAAAUAAUUCAGGGGCGAAAAAUCUUGUCUUCAACUGUAUGUGACUCUAGACCACAAAAUCAGUCUGAUGUUGUGUAUAUAGUUUGCUGUAACCACAAAUAUGGUGUAAAUUUAAACUAGAUCAUUAACUAAAGAUCAUCUUCCAUGAAGAUAUUUUGUACAUUUUCACCUGUAAAUAUAUAAAAACUACAUCUUUGUUUUGCAAUGUGCAUUACUAAACACUUCAUUUAGACAACUUUAAAGGCAACUCUCAGUACUUUGUUUUUUGUCAACCUCAGAUUCCAGAUUUUUUAAAUUGUAGCUCAGCCAAAAUAUUGUUCUAUCCUAACAAAGUAUAAUUCAAUAAAGAGUUUAUUUAUUGUGAAAACAUGACACCUGUGGUUGGUUUUGAGGUCCAUGGUCACAUACCUGUAUUAAAAUUUCUGUCAUGCAAAAAAUAACCUGUUCAGUGGUAGCCAGCAAUCAUGGUCACACUAUUUCUGUUUUUCCUCUUUACCCCAAACUCUAAUUUAGACAUUCAUAAAGAGAUCAAAAAAUAAAUCCAAAUCAUAUUCACACUGUUAUAUACAGUUUAUGAUGUACAUGUUUAAUUGAGGCUUUUGUUCACGUAUAAACACUUAAUUUUUGAUCUCUUUAGAAACAUUUUGAAGUGCUAGAGUUUUGUCUGAAGAGAAAAAAAUCUUUUAAAUUUGACUAAAAAUACCCUAAUUGGUGUUCAUGAAGAUGAUAAAAGGCUAACAGGUUUGAAGCAACAUCAUGGUGAUUAAAUGAUGACAACAUCUUUUUUUUGGAGUGAACUAACUCAAUAAUUACUUUAGUUAACAUUUACUACUAUUAUUAAAUUCUGUGAGAAACAUAAUGUUAAACAAAGCAGUCACAACUUUAUUUGUUUUGUGUUACCCUUAAAACUAUAUAUCAUUAUUAGGACAACUGCUAAAUGACUGAUUGUAUUGUUGCAUGUUAAUAUUGCCAGCUGUGGGAUGGAUGGUAAUUUCUGUAAACAUAGCUGAGGUGUCGUUCUUCCAGCAUACAUAUGAUCACUGAAACUAAUGUGCUAUGAAAUUUGAAUGGUUUUCAAAAGUGCCAUAUGGUGUAUCAUAUUUAGCGAUGCAGGAUAUCUAGAAACACAUUUCACUCCAACCAAACAGCAGUAUAGAGAGCGUACAUUGAUCUGUACAGUCGACUGAAGCAGAGGCUGGUUCCCUGCUGGAUUAAAUUCAAGCACACAAUGUGAAAUCUAAAACAUAGGUUUAUGAAAUAUCACACACAGGUCAGCCGCCAGUUUGACGUGUCGUUGGUUGUUGGGUACAUUUGCAUACUUUUGUGCUGUUCUGUUAAGAUGUGAACAAAUCGCUGUGCUUGGUGAAUUUUAAAUGUGUCAUUUUAAAUGUGAACUUGCGCUGGCUUUAGCUUUUACUGCAGACGUUAUGCAGUUUUAGAUGUUUUCAGUGAUCAAAGGCGAUCAAAAUCAAGCCAUAAGAAAUCCCUGUGCAGUUUUUACGGAUCAAUUAUGCUUCUUGACAAACUGUCAUAAUGCUUACUAAUCACGAAAUAGAUCAAAAAUGCUGCCCAAGUAUGAAAGAAAUUGGACUGAUUGAAGAAUAUUAUAUGUGUGUGUGUGUGUGUGUGCAUCAUAAACAACAGCUGCAUUUUAUAUUCUUAGAGCGCUUCUGUCUUUGAUCUGUAUUCAUAACAGUGAGGUUUCACUUUUUUAUUUUAUUAUUAUUUUUAUUUUUUUAUUUGAGAAUUUAUGAAUAGGGAUUUCUACAAUCUUAUUUGAUGCAAAGUUGAGCUGAAUGCGAGUGGAUUUGGAGAUUUGUUUAGCAGAUUGAUGCAUGUGUCAUCAGAUUAUAUCGCAUGUGCUCGAUGAAAACUGAAACGCCCGUCCUUCAUAGACUGCUACUUUGUUGUAGUGUUUAGUCUGUAGUGUUUCGAAUGCCGUGAUACAGUGUUGAUGUACAUAUAAAUGGCAGCUCUUGCAAGUAUUGGUUUUGAUCUGCAGGUUGUUUGUUCAGUGGGUGUGGUUAGUACGAAUGUCAAUUUUAAUUUGAAUCUUUUUUUGUAUUAUGAAAUUUCAAUUAAUGAUUCCUCUGUGAGAGAAUCUUUGUCGUCUUUGUCAUUUCCCUGUAGAAAAUACUAUGAAAUAAGUUCUAUUAAAUAAAAUUAUGUUUAAUAUUUAGAA